UUGAAUGUCAGUGUUUGAUUUGUGUUUAGUGCUCCUCCUGAUCCUGGAACUGUGCCGUCCUGACAUCCUGCUAUCAGGCGCACUUUGUCGGCGUGUUUGUCAAGUAACUGGAUACCCUCACCCUCCCUUUACUGUCCCACCUCCCUGCUCUCACAUCACCGCCGCCUCUCGUCUUUCUCCCCCUGCAGGUGCUCUGAGUUUGGUCGGGCUGUAUCUUCUGUUUGGAUAUGGAGCCUCUCUGCUGUGCAACCUUAUUGGCUUUGCCUAUCCAGCAUAUUUCUCCAUUAAGGCCAUCGAGAGCAAUGUGAAGGAGGAUGACACACAGUGGCUGACCUACUGGGUUGUUUAUGGACUCUUUAGCAUCGUUGAGGCCUUCUCUGACAUCUUCCUCUUCUGGUUCCCCUUUUACUAUGCUGGCAAGUGUUUGUUCCUGGUAUGGUGUAUGGCUCCGGUGACGUGGAACGGUGCUGACAUCUUGUACAAGCGUGUCAUCCGGCCAUUUUUCUUGAAACACCAGGCUACCAUGGACAACAUGGUCAGCGAUCUGAGCGCCAAGGCUAAGAACAUUACUGAGACCGUGACAAAGGAGGGUGAGAUACCCACAAUAUACAUUUGUUAACCGGGCCCUCAACCAUGAAAAGGACCAGUGAGAAACAUGGGAAGGCUUUGUGUGUGUGUGUGUGUGUGUGUGUGUAUUUGGUAAUGAGUGACUGAGUGGGAGUAUGUGUGUGUGUGUGUGUGUGUGUGUGUGUGUGUGAUUGUUGUUUUGCUUUUGGUUCGUCCCCCCCCCCCACCCCUCUUCCAUGACGAAUGACGACGAUCAACCCUGCGUCAUGCUGUGAACUGAAGCUUCACACUUGUGAAAAUAAAUAAAAAGUCAUUUGUGCGUCCACAUCAGUUUACUGCCAUCGGUACUGCUCAGACAAUCGGAGAAACUGUGACCUUUUUAUGUGACAUUCAUUUCUUUGUUGUGGUGAGAAAUCAUUUAUGGAAAGAAAUGUGUUGAUGGCAGGAUUUACAUUUUGUGUUCCUGAAAGGUUUCAGCAACACCGGCGGGGCACUCGAUAUUAUUGUGUCUAAUUGAGCCAUUUAUGACAGAAAAGAGGCCGACAACAUUACGGUUAUAAAACAGGUUGUUUUCAACAGCAUUUCUAACAUUGUUAAUCAAAACUGGAACUUUUACAUUUUAUUAAUGUGUUCUUGCUCUCAGCUUAACUCUCGCAUGUGGCAAGUAGCAUAUGAAGUCUGUUUGAGCUAUUGGGAAGUUUCUCAAUCUGUAACUUUAUCUGGACGACUUCUGCCUUUUGAUAUGUCUUAAUUUAUCCCCUCAUAAUGAUGAAAUAAUAAAACUGGAACCUUAAUGAACUGAA